GGCGGAAGGAGGGAGGGAGGGAUGGAAGGAACUGGCGCUGGCUGGCUGGUUGGCUGGGCUGGGAUGGGAUGGGCAUCGAGGUUCUAAUGCUUCGUAUCAACGUUGACCACUGUGCACUGGAGAUGUGCUCGACGUUUGAAAACCACUGCUCCUGAUGCUGCAGCAGCUGCGGCUUCGGCUUGCGCUUGCGGCACCGGGGGCUCAGAGUGCAUCACGGUGGCCUUCCGCUGCCUCCCUCCCUCCCUCGCUCUGUCUGGCUCGGCUCGGCUCGGCGUGGCUUGGCCUGGGCUGGGCUGGGGUGGCCUGGCCUUUCCGGCCCCCGUGCUCAGGAUCCUCGCCAUCAGCAUCAUCUUAAGGGGAGCGAGGCGUAGAGCUCAUCCUGUCUGUCUCGCUCGCUGCUCACAUCCCUGUUUCGCCCCCCGGCCUCGAAUCUUCAUAACUAGGCGCGAGCCCACUGCAGUUCGGUCGGUCUGUGAGUGUGCGUACUUCUUCGCAUCCACCUGAACUGCAACGCCUACCACACCCACACCGCAUCGCAUCGCAUCGCAUCUCAUCUCAUCUCAUCUCUUCUCUUCUCUUCUCUUCUGGCCUCUCCCCUCCCCCUUCGCUCUCGUCUCGCAGCCUGCCUCGCUCGCUCGCUUCCUUCCUUUUGAGAGAGAGCUGGCCCUCGAGAGAGCAGUCAGUCAGUCAGUCAGUCAAUCAGUCAGUGGGACACGGGAUCGGAGGUGGAGCGCGGCGCAAGAAUCUUCAAGGCGGAGUGAGAGCGAGUGACAGAGACAGAGUCGGAGACAGAGUGAGAGAGAGUGAGUGAGUGGGUGAGCGAGCGAGCGAGUGAUUUUGGCGAGACGGAGAAGGAGAAGGAGAAGGAGCGCGAGGGAAUGAGAACGAGCAGCGGGUCGACACGAAUGGGACCCGAAUUGCGUGCCGAUUCAUGAAACUUGGCGAGCGUCUCGACAGGUUUGCCAGACAGAGACGAGAAGCUAAUUGUUGCAACUCGAGGCGAGGAUCGAUUGAAGGAGGAGGAAGAAGAACAGGGCCCGAGAAUCUGGACAGGAACUCAGCACGCAGACACACUACGGGCACGCAGGCACAGGGUCCGACGCAGGACUGACCCGACCGCCUGACGAGAGGAGAGCAGAGAACUGCGCUAGGCUGGGCUGGGCAGCUCGCCAGAGCGAGCUCGAGCACGAGCGUCUAUCUAUUUAUCUGUGCGUGCGUGCGUCCGUCUGCCCUUGGUCUCGAGAGCGGUUCACAAGAGAACAUCAUCAUCGUCGGUGAUGCCGAACACCAGGACAGCAGCAGCUAUUUGCAUUCCUCGACCGAGGACGGACUGACUGAUCGCUGCCAGCGAUCAUUCAUUCAUUCAGCAGCAGCCGACCGCCUUAGAGUCUCAGAAGAAGGGGUUGCACCAAGGCACACAGAGGAUUCGACCAGCGGCCUGCUCGGAUGCCACGCACGGCGGUUCCAGCUCUCUCGGACACCGAACGCAACGAGGAAAUUAUUAGUAUGCGCCCGUCCGGAACUCCGGGCUGCGGUGCAAUUUGAGCGGCGCCCUGUGAAUUGAAGCGAUCGAGAGGAAGAAUUUCCUCCUGCCCUCAGAGCAACAAGCCCCAGCAGCGAUCCUGCUUCGCAAUCCGUCGGGAAUUGCAGCAAUUUGUGGGGAAUUGGCAGAAAAGGAGAAGGAGAAGGAGAGAAGGAGACCAUGGCCACGAGGCGCAGGCCGAAGCUGUCGCUGAUGCUCAAGUGCGACGCGGGGCCGUCGUGCUGCAACCUGAACCCGAGCAAGGAGAGCACGGUGACGAUGAACCCGAGCCUGUGGGAGAAGCUGCCGGAAAAUCUGCUGGAGCAGAUUCUGGCCAAACUGCCGUUCUCGGCGCUGAUCCGCUUCUGCUGCGUGUGCAAGCGCUGGAAGAACCUGCUGCUGUCGAACGAGAUCUCGUCGCGCUGCGACUCGUGCAAGCCCGUGCUGGUGCACAGCCUGGCCGGGCCGCUGACCGUCUACAGCCCGAGCCGCGGCGGGUGGGAGAAGCUGCCGGUGGCGUACUUGCCAAUCGACGUGAGCCAGCUGUCGCUCGUGGCUUCGGGAAGCGGGCUGCUCUGCUUCAGCACCGACUCGUUCGGUGAGUUCCUCAUCUGCAACCCGCUGACCAAGCAGUACCGGCGCCUGCAGAUGCCGUGCGGCGCGGGCCAGGGCUGCGUCAUGCCCGUGCCGUCGCCGCUGCACCUCAACCGCGACGAGUCGGGCAUGAACUGCAUGAUCCGUCUGGGCUACCUGCGCGUCGGCAUGGUGUUCAACACCGCGACGGGGUUCUACAAGCUCGUCGUCGCGAGCAUCUACGAGGGCUCGGGGCGCACGACGCUGGUUUACGACUCGGGCACCGGAACCUGGAAGAAGGCGGCCAUGGUGCCGCAGGGGCGAUUCUUCCGCAUGAAGGCCAUUCCGUGCGGCGGGCACCUCUAUUGCGGCAUCACGGGCGUCGAGUCGGGCGUGGGCGGCGAGUCGGGCGGCUUCGCCAAGCUCGUCAAGUACGACGCCGACAAGGAGACCUGGAGCGCAAUCCUGAUCCCGGCGCAUUUGGGGUUCCCCCGCAAGCUGGUCGAGCACCGCGACCGCCUGCUGCUGCUGGCGCGCCCGAACUGGCAGAUCUCCGAGACCUUCGAUUUCUUCGAGCUGCAGGAGGCGGGGCAGCGCAUGUGGCUGGCUGCCAAGUACAUGCCGCGCCGCCUCAUGGACAGCGUCUACGCGGCCAUGAGCCGCCCCAACAACCCCAUCCUGCGCUCGUACAUCAAGUGCUUCGGCCAGGGCGACAUCAUGUACUUCGUGGGCAUCUGCGUCAAGCGCGCCGAGGUCGACCCUCUGCUGCGCGGCUGCUCGCGCUCCAUCACCGGCCUCCGCGUCUGGACUCACGACUUCAGCAGCAACUCGUGCCUGCGCCUCUCGGACUGGGAGGACUGGGACCUCGACAAUGGCCCCCUCUCCUACCACCUGCUCAGCCCCUCGCUCCACGCCCAGGUCUGAUGAUGGCGCCGCCCAUUCGUUGCGCCGAAUCACAAUUAUGCAUUCUCAUUCUCUCCUCGGCCCGAAUCUGAGUCUGAGCCCGAGUCUGAGUCUGAGAUGGAGCUGGUUCCCUCCUCCCUCCGGGUGUACAUUGCCGUGCCGGGGGUGGGGUGGGGUGGGGUGGGAUGAAAUGGAAUGACGCUUUGCUUUGCUUGGCUUGGCUUGGCUCGGCUCGGCCCGGCUGCCCCUACGACGAGGGGCAGGAAGCAGGAGGAGGGCGCGCGGAGUUCGGAUCUCGAUCGGUGGAAGAGCGAUGCUGUUGGAGCGCUCGAUGGCUGCUUCUGCGUCUGCUUCGAGCUCGAGAGCAAGACGCCAUUUUUUUUGUCACCUGAGUUCUCGAUCCCCAUUCUCAGCCGUGUGUAGUAUUCUCGAAUCAUCGACAUCGUUGUUCAAAAAAAAUUGGGUUAUCUGCUUAGUAGUAGAUUCUUCUGUCUCGUCGGCCUGGUAGGGAAGGCUGGUGUGCCCUCAUCAAAGCCCAUUAUGCAACAGAUCGAGUGAACGAGUGAAUGCUCGUUCGCUGCUCGCCCGGGAUCCUCAGAAAUGCCGACCUCUCAUUCGGACGUCUGCUGGACAUGAUCGUGAACAGCCGGGGUCUUCCUUCCGCACUGUUGAGAUUUUGUCUACAUCGGCAGUAUCGGUAGCACUAGUGCGUGCUGGUUGGAACUUUUGCAGCUGAGCUAUCUGGUCCUUGGGAACGAAGGUCGUAGUGUACAUCUUGCAGUGAGCAAUGUUUUCCAUAUAUACUCUUGUUAUACGAGUUGAUUAGACUUUUUACUGUCGAGUUUUAGGGGGCUUUCCCCUCAGGGUCCAUCCUUGCAUGGGUUCACGGACGGGCCCCAAUUUGUAACCAAUAUUACAAUCGGAGCAAAUGGGGCUCGCCCAAUUAGUAGUUGCCACAAAAUUGUCGGACGGGGGCCGCUGCUCUCUCCUCUCCAAUCUCUGACGACCGCACCUCCGUCCGACACCAUCAAGCAUAGAUUACAACGCUGCAGCUGGGUCUCUCGCGUGUCGACGGUCCGGUGGGCACCGGAGACUUAUCUGUUGUUCCUCUUUCAAUAUGAUUGAGAGCGAGUUUGCCCUUUGAAUAUGAAUUGAAAGAAAACCUGUACUUUUGAUUCUUUCUGGAGCAGGUCGACGACUGGUCGAACAUCUCGAACCAUUUAGACACAGCUCGAGCUUUGCUUCUUCUUUUUUUGGAUUUUCCUUCUGGUGUUUCGAAAUAGCUCUGCUUCCACGCUUCCCUGUUUUUAUCAGAAGCCGAGAGCCCCUGACUCAGAUGCUUCAGAAACCGUGUACCAUGUCAGGCGGAUGCUCUGUCUUCAUCACCUUCCAUAUUUCGGUUGGUGAGAUAGUUCAUUAUUGUUUCUGUGGGCGAUGGGGCCCUAAGGUACACGCCAUAAGUCCACCAGUAUGAUGGCCACUCUCACCGGGCUGACUCUCACUGGGGAGGAAGUUAAUGACGCCUUGUAGCCACCAUGGGAGACCUGAUUGAUGGUUGUGAGCAGCAGCAAUGGCUUGACGUCCUCGCCAUGAAGAUUGUGUGGCAGAUCCUCCUAGGGGCAAAACCGCAAGCCCGGUCGUCCUUCCUCCUCACGCAAUCUUCCUACCAUUCAUUUCGUACUCACCUGUCGAUUUUCUGUUUGCUCAUGAAAGGGAGAUGAGUUCAAUGGGAACUGCGGUCCUGGGUCUCGUCUCCACUCCAUCGGACUGAGAGGGCUGAGAUAUACGUCGGUGGCAAAGAUCACAUCAAGGCAAUCGACUUCACAGAGACACUUCCGAGAUAAAAUCUCAGAAGUGUUUGAUCCUGUGUCGCCUCUUCUGUGAAUAUCGAACACGAACGAGCACGGUGACAGGGAAAUGUCAUGAGAACUACUCGUUUGCAGAUGUGUGAGACGAUCACUGUUUCGUGGGUGCUUCACGCCUUUCCGCAUGCGGAGGCGCGAGUAACGUCCAGAUAUUAUUCUCGACGGAAGCUGCAGCGUCCCCUUUUCUCUGAGUCGAGAGAAUUUCCGAUGGGUAUAUGCGGGCCGUGAGGAUGAUGCCUGUGGCGGGGUGUGCGUCUGGCAUGACGAUUCUGCGGCUGGAUUCCGCUUUCUGCUUCCCUCUCCAUUCUUUUCGUGCGAACUUUUUAUCAGUUUGGACCAAACAGCACUCUAUGAAUCUGCUUGAAGAUUCCUGCGCAGUGUUCGCUGUGUCGUAGGGGCCAGAGUUUCCUGCACAGCAAGGAAACGAAGUCCCUUGCUGCCGGAACCAUACUUCGAGGCGAUGGUCGAUUUGUAACUUGUUCCUUGCGUGCUUAUCUGCGAUGAGCCUCGAAGGCUAUUUAUAACUCGUCCUCUAUGCAGAUGGUGGGGCCUCGAUGCCCGAGAGCUGCACUCACUCUUUGAAGGUGUGGGAGGCACGGAGACGCUUUACACCAACUGUGAAGUAAGUAUCCGUCGGAGUUGGUAUCCACGAUGCCGAGCAACAAUGGUCUGCUGUUGUCAAGUGUUCGCCACCUUCUGAUCGUCCCGCCAUCGCCAAUUUCUCUGCUCAAGCUUGAGCUCGUGUCCUGUGUGUCCAUGAAUUAACAACAGAAAUCCAAUACUGGAGUACUUUAUAAUUGGUGAUGUUGAAAGCAGGCGAUAAAGGUGUCUGAAGAAUAAUUAAAUGACUCUAUGCGGACAUUUUACAUUGAAGAUGCUAGAUCACAGAAAGAUUUCAAGUCAGAAGACUGAAGAUAUAAUGGUAUAGAUGUACUAAAAUUCUCUGCAAAGGCUUCAAAAUAAGUUCAAACCCCAAUUCGUCGGAAACUUUAAGUUGUCAUCUGAGACUAUGU